GUCACUCGAUAUUAAUACUGCCCACAACUACAAGUUACGUUACUAUCGAAAUUAUUUUGUGGGGGCGAAAACUGAGGUUAUCAAAAAAGGAAAAAGAAAUGAAGACUCAGAGGUUUAGAAAUAAUAGAGGAGGAAAUCUGAAUUUUGGUGGAAGAAAUGUAACUGAUGCUAGACAAAUUAUUAAAGCUAGGCGUGGACAAGAACUACCAGUUUCAGCAAGGAAAAAUGGGUUUCUUGGUAGGGGUCAAACUUUCAACCUCAAAAGAAAAGUUAAAAAUGAGAUAUUGAUUGGAAAUAGAAAAAAUCAAGUUUGGAAUAAGGGAAAGGUGGUUCAGCUUUCAGGAGGAAUGAUUACUGUUACAUCUCCAUCUCUUGGAAAACAGUAUUCCAAUAAGAAAGUGCAGAAUGAUGAAAAAACUGUGUUGAUUAACAACUCUCAGAUAACAGUUACUAAACCCAUUAGUCAAGCUGUGAUCUCAACCCCAAUGCCAAAGGUUAAGCCUACCUUCCAGAAGUCUCUUUUUUCCAACACAGUACAGCUUGGUGAUAAACAGCAGAUGAACAUACCUUGUACCUCAAAUGUAAUAAAAAAACAGUUCUCAAGUCCACAAAAUGUAGUCCCUGCAUCCUAUUUAAGUCCAUUAAAUGAAGUACCAAGCAUGAGUACUUCCUACACUUAUUCAGCACUAGCAGGAAGAAAGAACGUCAAAGACAGAAUAGAGCCAGCUACUCUACCCACAGAAGAAGGUCAUACAAUUGUAGUAUCUAACCUUCCAUUAGUCACAGAAGAUGACAUGAAGGAAUUGUUUGGAGAUAUAGGACCUGUUCUUAAAGCAGCAAUUUUGCACCAAGGAACAGCCAUAGUUACAUACUCUAGAAAAGAAGAUGCUGUCCGAGCCUGUCAGGUGUACCACAACUGUCCUCUUGAUGGUAACCCUAUGCAGUGCAGUCUUCUCCCUGAAAGCAAAACAGAGGUGGUAAAACCUUCAAGACCCCAGUCUUAUUUGUCUGGGGGGAUUAAGCCAUCCUUCCUUAGAAGCCAAGGAGUUGGUAAGCAGAUCAACCAGACAGCAAGCCCACCCCCACAAAUGAUAUCUACUCCUUCAGCUUCAUCGGGACCUGUAAAGUUUACUGUUAGAAUGCCAUGAUUUAUUUGCUACUCCAGUGAG